AUGGGACUGAGCCAACUCAAAGCGCGUCUGUUUACGAUAAUCCGACGGUCAAAUAACCCCACACAGCAGCAGGCGCCCUCUUUUCUCUUGAGGAUCUCUGCUGUGGCGCUGGCCAUGGUCGAGCUCUCUGUUCCCAUCCGCCUGCGAAGGGCCAUUCUUCUGAACGAUGCCUUUCUCGUGAAGCGGAUUGUGAGGAAUAAUCCUGAGUAUCUAGAGAACCCGGACUACGAUGAUAAGAGCAACACGUCCUUGCACCUUGCUGCCAUCCUUGGCCAUCUUGAUAUCAUCAAAUUCCUCGUCGACUUCGGGCAUGACUUGUGCAACCCAGACUCCUCUCAACUCGGCUUCAACUCAACUCCCGGAAUAAGUCUCAACACCGACUCCUCCACCCCUCUCCAUCUGGCUGCUGCCAACGCCCACGCCGACUGUGUCGACUUUCUCUGCAGCACUUUCCCCCAGACCAUAGAUCGCCAGGAUAAAAAUGGAGCUACGCCCUUAAUGCUGGCAGCUCGGGCCUCCAAUCCGAGCAACACACCGCAGAGUACGACUGUCGUGCCUCCAAAGCAGAGACCACGUGCUACGUCGAAUCCUACAUCUGCGGAAGACACGAGGACCGUGGCUAUAUUGCUGGAGUAUGGCGCUGAUGUCACUCUGGCAGAUAACGCCGGGAAUACUGCAUUGCAUUACGCGAGUGCCUGGGGGAAUUUGAAAGCGUUUAGGUUGCUUGUGCAGUGGAAUGCACCGCCGCUGGUGAAAAAUAACGCAGGAAGUGUACCGGCAGAUUACGCGCUGACUGGUCAGGCGGCUAUAUACUGUAGGGGCCUCAUUGCGGAGUUUGGGAGGCACAGGCUGGAGGAAGAGGAGCAAGAAGGGGAGGAAGAUCGAGAACGCCAGCAUGCACAGCAACAGCAGCAGACGUCGACGAAGUUGAGUUUGAAGGUCAAAGCCAGUGAGCUAGGCCAGUUUACGAAUGAAGCGAGAAUAUCGCCAAUUUCUCCAAACGAGACGAGGUUGAUGGAGGCUUGGAAACGGGCCUCAAGCAGCCCAAGGAGACAGCCCAUGAGCGCCGGAGGGGUGCGCUUAGUUAAUGACGAUACCGAUCGAGACGACGAUACCCCUUCAACUGUCUUCAAAGUGAACCUGCCAAUGGUGGACGCGGCGACGAAUGGGGAUUACGAGAGCGAUUGAUCCGCCAUCUGUCACGGUCAUGAACGCCCACGAGAACGUGCCGUUCAGAGCGUCUUUAUUUAUCUACCAUGGAUACGGAGCGAUUCUUUUGAAUAAAUUUGGCGAUAACUCCGCAUGGCGCUCCUCUCCGUUAAUUCGUCCAUCCCUAUCCUCGUCUGCGACAGGCUAGAGUGACAUAUUGGGCAUUAUAGGCCUCACUUUCUGAAAGGAAGAUUAGCACGUCGGAGCGGCUAUUUCAUUACUAUAUACCUUACGAGGUUCUCUCGGUUUCUUCGGCACUUAUCCUGUCAGUGCCUACCAUUAAAAAUUUUCACCGACACAAUACGCCCACAAUAUUUAGAGCCCUGAAUACAUGAACGACUUAGGAAGUAUCUUCGAAUCCAGACCAUCCAGGCCUGACCGAGCUCUCCCAGUGUCUAAACCCCUGUAAUUCCCGGCCGGGGAAGGGGUUCCCCCAAUUAUUUAACGAAGAUGGUUGUUCCUUGGACAUAAAUCACAGUCACAUAGUCUGGUUCAGAGCAGUGAUAUCUUUUGUUCUCUCUCCUUGUAUGUAACACUUAUAUAUACAAAACCAUGCAUAAACUAGAACUCCUGACACUAAGUACGCCA